AAACACGGAAGUGGAAUCCACGGGAAGAGCCAGAAGGUCUUCUCAGGAUCCAUGAAGCUCUAUCCGGUUGUUUUAACGUUCAAAGUCUGAACGUGGUCGUCUCUCCUCCGUCUGUAGGGACUCCAGAGGGACCCCAGAGGGACUCCAGAGGGACCCCAGAGGGACCCCAGAGAGACUCCAGAGGGACUCCAGAGGGACCCCAGAGGGACCCCAGAGGGACUCCAGAGGGACCCCAGAGGGACUCCAGAGGGACUCCAGAGGGACUCCAGAGGGACCCCAGAGGGACUCCAGAGGGACUCCAGAGGGACUACAGAGGGACUCCAGAGGGACUCCAGAGGGACCCCAGAGAGACUCCAGAGGGACUCCAGAGGGACUCCAGAGGGACUCCAGAGGGACCCCAGAGGGACCCCAGAGGGACUCCAGAGGGACUCCAGAGGGACCCCAGAGGGACUCCAGAGGGACUCCAGAGGGACCCCAGAGGGACCCCAGAGGGACCCCCUCGGCGCUGAUGGAGAAGGUGUUCCGCUGUCCGGCCCGUCAUGGCUACGCCGUGGAAGUUUCUCCGUUCAUCCCCAACAGAGUGGCCUGCGCUGCCUCCCAGUACUACGGCAUCGCUGGCGGCGGCUCCCUGCUGGUCCUCGAUGAGACGGAGGACGGGGUCGCUGUGGUCCGGAGCUGGGAGUGGUGUGACGGUCUGUUCGACGUGGCGUGGAGCGAAGCCAACGAGCACGUCAUGGUCACCGGGGGCGGGGACGGCAGCCUGCAGCUCUGGGACACGACCAAUCACGACGCUCCGCUGAGAGUGGCCAAGGAGCACACGCAGGAGGUGUACUCUGUAGACUGGAGUCAAACCAGAGGAGAGAACCUCAUCGUCUCUGGUUCGUGGGAUCAAACCGCCAAAGUGUGGGACCCGGCUCUCAGCCAAUCGCUGACCACGCUCAGGGGUCAUGAAGGGGUCAUCUACAGCACCAUCUGGUCGCCUCACAUCCCAGGAUGCUUUGCUUCGGCCUCAGGCGACGGGACGCUCAGAGUUUGGGACGUGAAGAGCGCCGCCUGUCGAUUGGCCAUCCCGGCGCACAAGGCUGAGAUCCUGAGCUGCGAUUGGUGCAAAUAUGACCAGAACAUCGUGGCCACAGGCUCAGUGGACUGCAGCGCGUGUGUGUGGGACCUGAGGAACGUCCGGCAGCCUGUCAAUCAACUGUUAGGCCACACCUACGCCAUCCGCAGAGUCAAGUUUUCUCCGUUCAGCCGGGCGACGCUGGCGUCCUGCUCCUACGACUUCACCGUCAGGUUCUGGGAGUACAGCAGGAAGCAGCCUCUCGUGGAGACCGUGGAACAUCACUCAGAGUUUGUGUGUGGACUCGACUUUAACCUGCACAUCCCCAACCAGGUGGUGGACUGUUCCUGGGAUGAGACGGUGAAGAUCUACACACCGGCCUGUCUGUCUGUUGGGUCACACAAUACAGCCCCGUAGACACACACACACAUUUUCUUGAAUCCAUUAAUAACUAUAAUUGAGAGAAGAGCGUUCACACUUCUGCAUUCAAUGUCGUCUGGUAACGGAAUUGAUUCAGCUCGGCAGGUGAUUGAUUGAUAAUGUACGUUGGAGUUAUGGUUACUAAUUAUUAUUAUAAUUAUCGCACACAAACGUUUUUACAAGCACGGAAAAGAAAAAAAACAGAAUCUCAUCAUAUUUUACGAUAUUCAUCUUAAUUUCUGUCCUGGUAAUAACCCAUAACUUUAAACCUAAUCUGAACGGUUCAUGUGGCCUGGUCCCCGGAUGGAGGUCCCCAGUUAUAAGUCCCCACGAAGUGAUCAAAACAGACACACACACACACACACACACACACACACACACAGCAGACUUUUGCGGAAAGAUUAAAAAAGAUGUUUUAUUGCUUCUGGAUGAAGACUUUACUGUGAAUUAAUGAUGUAAAUGAGGAUGUUUUACGCUGAGUGUGAUCCAUAACAUCCGUGUUAUUGUUCUGUCUUCUUUCUUUAUCGCUGAUAUUAUGUUUAAAAUGUCGACCGUGACUAAUCUCACCGGUGAAAUGCCAUCGGUGGAGAUGAUGUGUAUGAGAUGUGCCUUCAAUAAAGAUGCAAAUGUCGAUAUUAUCAACAGAAA